AUGACAGGAGAACGCGCAAUAGAACCACCCGAGGAAGACAUGGAUGAUGAAAUUGUGGCUCUUCUACGGCAAAUUGAGGAGAUCGAUUUAUUCGGCGAGAAACAAAAAGGAAAGGGUCGAGCCAAUGAACCGUUGGACAUUGAUAUAGCCGUGACAGCGUUUCGCGAUGAUGUGCGAACGCACGUUGGGUUCUUGAAUGAUCUCAAGCUUGCUCAAAGUAUUGGUGAUGCUGUGUAUAUGGACGGCCCAGCCAUUGCAGGCAUCACGCAAGGAGAGUUGCAAGCCCAGCGUGAUCGACAACUAGCCAUUACAGUGAGCGCCGAUGAUCCGGAACUUCAGAACCCUCCGCGUGGGAAAUUGCAUAACCACUCUCAUCCUUUAAACAUACCUCGGGACUUCCUCAACGGACAGGGUGAUAUUGAUUGUGGUUCUGAUGAAGACAGAGGUGGUCCUUCGAAAACAUAUGUGGAGCGCCAGAAAGAAGCGAUGGAGAAGCUAACUCACCAAAAGCAACAAUGCUGUACCUGCUUCGAUAGCUUCAAUCAAGCGAUAUGGUUGGCUUGGAAUGCGGUGACCUCUACUGCACAGAUUGCCUCAAGAGCCUUUUCAUGA